AUGAUGGUAUUACAGACAGUCAUGUGCAAACUUUUGAGCAUUGUGCUCUUCGCAUUCCUUCUAGAUACUUGUGAUAAUAUGCGAACAGAGCAACAAGUCAUUCGACUUAUUUAUAAGUCGUGCGAACGCGAGAAAAAUUUCUGUCCAAAACAACAAUACGGUAUUUUUGAAAAUGGAAAAGAGUGGAAAUGGAACCAUAGUUCCCUUUACCAAUUAGCAAAAGUGGAUGUUUUGCGAAAAGUGAAACUCCGUAACAACAUGUUUAAAGUAGUUCUGAAGUCAAUUUUCUGCUGCACACACGGACCGUGUCUCAAGAAUUGUCGAAUCGGGUUGCAUUCGAAUGAAAUCGAUCUGAUCCAAGAUUUCCCCGCAAACGCCCCUUAUUUGCUAAAGGUUGAACUUUUGAAGGAGCACCACCAAUUUAUAAAACAGUGGCUUGAAGAUAAUGCCGGUGGAUAUGAAACGAAAGAAAACCCAAGUGCUGAGCUUAAUGAGCUAUUCGAUUUCAUGUUUCUCUAUCAGGAUGCCAUCAGAUCCAAGCUCAAACAGAACGCUAAUUCUGCAGUGAGAAACUAA